AGCAAGCAAUGAUAAACCCAACAGGUUCUGAUUUUAGGUGGCCAGCGCUAGUUAGUAGUUACCUUGGAAAUAAAAUAGUAAAUGACUUUUGGAAUUAGGAAUUGAAAAAGCUGUUCUGUAAUUUCUCAGCUCACCGAAUAUUCUUUAUCUUUACCCAGUAGAUAAAAGGAAGUACCAAAAUUUUACAGCUUUUAACUUUACUUAUCCUCAAAUCCAUGAAGAACCCACAAAAACAGAAAAACUCAGAAAACAAGUAUUUAACCUUUCGUCAGUUUAAACUUUAGUUAAUAAGAUAUGUUUUUACAAAACCUAUAAGACGACAAGAACACACAUUGGUCUUGUCUUCAUACAUAUCCCCAGGAAAAGGAAGUUGAAUAUUCUUGCGUUCUUUUCCUGAACUGUUUUGAAAUGGUGAAUUCUCUUUUUCAGUCUCCAGCCAAUCCACAUUUCUUUCAGCCACUUCUUCCCGGUUCCGAGACUCACCUCACGAUACCUGUUAUAUUCUUCUCCAAGCACAUUGAUGGAAAACAUGAGCAGAAAACAGCUAAACUUAAAUCGGACUCUUCAGAGAAAACUUGGGAAGUGAAAAUGGAUGGCCGUAGACUCACCCAAGGCUGGAAAGAGUUUGUGAAAGCUCAUGAUCUUCGAUAGGCGACAUCAUUAUCUUUAAACACGAAGGAGACAUGGUGUUUAGUGUGACACCUUUCGGUCCUAGUUUCUGUGAGAUUCAGUACGCACAAUGUAACAUCAAAAAGGAAGACGACUAUAAUGAUGAGGAAGACGACAAUGAUGACGAGGAAGACGACGAUGAGAAUCAGCACAACACUAGAAAUGGUUUGAGGAAGAGGAAUCUAAACCCCAAAAGAGAGGCAGAGUCUUUUGAAUCAUGGGAUUACUGUUUUGUAGUAAACGUCACUGCUUCAAAUCUCAAAACGGACACAAUUAAUCUUCCAAAGAAAGCUGCGAGCUCGAAAGCUUUGAGCAGGAGAUGUGACAAUAUAAUACUAGUGAACGAAGAGGGAAACUCGUGGACUUUGAAUCUGAGAUUUAGAGAAUCAGAUGGAAGUUACUACAUGGGAGGUGGCUGGAAAAGAUUCUGUAGUGAAAACAAACAAAAAGAAGGAGAUUUGAUUGCGUUUAAUCUAGUUGGAGACGGUGAAUCUAACCCAAUGCUCUGUAUCUGUUCGUCGUAUAUGGGUAGCUUCACCAUCAUCUCCAGGACAAAACAGAUUUGUCACUCUGAGUCUCACAAGUUACAAUAUCAAAAACUCCAAACUUACUCUUCCGGUAGAGUUCACAAAGAUCAAUGGCAUUAACAACAAUCACAAGAAGAUAAUUCUGGAGGAUAAACAUGGUGUGAAGCGGUUAAUCAAGUUGGUUCGAGAUGGACCAAACUAUGGAAGAAGAGGAUUGGGAAAAGGAUGGAAACUUUUCUGUAAAGCUAAUGAUGUACUGAAGGUAGGUGAGCCUUUUGAGUUGAAGCUACUUUGGAAAAACAAAACUCCUCUACUUAAAGUUUUGGUCCAAGGCUAAGGAGGAAGAGGAACCAAUCUAUGUCUGAAAGAUAAAGUCUUUUGGGAAAAACAGAGUACUAUAAUUAACUAAUGUCUCUCUAAAUCUGAUAGUUAAUGUUUUUAAUUGUUGUUUUUAGUUGUUGUACUUGUAUCGUUGAGUGAAGUCAUAUCAGACGAAAGUCACUCUUUUUAUCGAAACUUUUCUGAAGUUGUUUGUAUUCUUCGCCUAUCAUUAUGAAAAAAGUGACCGUAUCUGACAAAGCUAAAACCAAUUUGGUAGCAGAAGGGGUUAGGGUUUAUUUCUUUUGAGGAGGGUGUUUUUUUUUCUGGAUCAAUGCAAAAUCCUCUUUCUGGUCAAGUGAUUAAACUUUAACAAUGGCGGAUUCAGUUCUUCAAUCUCCAAAAAACCCACAUUUCUUCCAGGCUCUACUUCCCGGCUUCGACUCCUACCUAAACAUUCCUGUAACCUUCUUCUUGAAGCACCUCCAAGGAAGAAACGAACACAAGACUGCGAAAUUGAGAACGGGCGCUUCAGAUACAGUGUGGGAAUUGAAAAUUGAAGGUGGCCGGAGACUCCAUGGUUGGAAAGAAUUUGCCAGAGCACAUGAUUUUCGUAUUGGUGAUGUCAUUGUUUUCAGACACGAAGGAGAUUUUGUGUUUCAUGUCACUGCAUUGGGACUCAAUUCCUGUGAGAUUGAAUAUAGUACUUCAUCUCGUAGCAUUGAUGAUGAUCGUGAUAAUCAUCAGGAUAACAUUGAAAUCAGACCAAUGAAGAAGAGAGUGAAGAAGAAUCCAAGGAGAGAAGAAGAUUCUUCAUCAGAGCAUUCUUGUUUUGUAGCAAAUGUCUCAGUCUCAAACCUCCAAGAAGAUAAAGUGUAUGUUCCAAUGAGUUUUGCGAGGUCAAAUGGUUGGACCAAAGCAUGUGGUAAGGUUGUUCUUCUUAACGAAAUGGGAAGAUCAUGGAACUUAAGCUUAGAUCACGACAAAUCCGGCAUCAAAACUUAUCUCAGACACGGCUGGAGAAGCUUCUGCAAUGCCAAUGGAAUGAACCGAGGUGGCCAUACUUUCAAACUUGUCCAAAAUUCAGGAACGCCUGUGAUCCGUUUGUGCCAAGCAGGAUGUAAACCAGACGCAGAAUCCUCCUCGUCAGAUUGUUCAUAUUUUGCGGGAUCUCUCACGCCUUCGAGCUUUAAUAAUGAUGCACUGUAUCUUCCAAAAGGGUUUGUGAGCUCAAAUGGUUUAAAUAAAGAUUGUUGUGAUGAGAUGGUUUUGAAGAAUGAAUAUGGUAGAACAUGGAAUUUAGUUUUGAGACACCGUAAGUCAAACAACACUGUUGUUAUGUCACGAGGCUGGAGAUGUUUUUGUGAAGUAAACGGGUUAAAAGCUAGAGAUUCCUUCAAGUUUAAACUGGUUAGAACCGGGGCAAGACCUGUUCUCUGUUUGUGCCCUGCAGAAACAAAGCGUGACACAAAGGUAGUAGAGUGUUCAGAAGGCAGGGAUGUAGAUUCCCUCUCCACAGAUCCUAGUAGCGGAGAAGAGAGUAGUGAAACCGAGGAAAGUGAAGUUAAGAAGAACAUUAAAGAUAAGGGGAGAGACAACAAUAUGUUUAAGGAGGAUAGUGAAGAGGAGAGCAUUGAAGACAAUAUAGAGAAAGAGAAGCAUUGCUCAAGACCAGGAGCUUCAUCUUCAUCAAGUCAAAGCCGGUUUGUGACAUUAACGAUUACACCAUACUCUUAUAGAGACAAUAAGCUGAGACUUCCGCUUCAUUUCACGCGGGUGAAUGGCAUCAAGAAGCCAGGAAAAAUAACUCUGUUGAGUCAAGACGGAGUUAAUCAAAUGGUGCGUCUUUUAAAAGACCACGAUAACGGAAGACUGAGACUAGGAAAAGGCUGGAAAGGAUUCUGUCAAGCUCAUAACGUAAAGAUAGGAGAGUCCUUUGUGUUGGAACUCAUUUGGAAGAAAGAUGCAAGUCCUGUGCUUAAGUUCUGCACCAAAUCAAACUCUGUUUGAGACUCUUUAUGUCGGCAGCUCGAGAGAAGAAAAGAAGUUUGUGGCGUAUGAACAUCUCUCUCUCUCAAGUAAAUAUUGGAUUCUGCAGGAAUGUGGAGAAAGAAAUUGUGUCCUUGUUGACAGCGUUUCUCUUGUUGCUUCUGACUAGAUGUCAAGUGGUUUGAAUCUUGUUGAGGGUUCCGGUCAACGUUAGAACUUACCGGGACAUGUGGUUAAACACUGUCUGGUAACUUUUGUCUAAUUGUCCAAGAAGAACCGCUAUGACUAUAAUAUCGCAACAAUUAAAAUGUGAUCAAUUCAGGAAGCAGAGAGAAACCAUCCAUAAUAUUGUUAGAGAAAGAUAUAGAUCAGAAAAGCCAAAAAACAUUAUUCUCCGG